AUUGCGAAUCGGUCGUAGUCGUAUCUCCUGUAUGACGAAAGGCCUGACUCAUUCUUCGAGCCCCAAAAACCAGCCAAUAACAACGGACUCGUUUAUGCCAGCAUAUGAGAGCCCCCCGAAAGCAAACCAGCGAUGGAUAUCGUACAAGCGACUCGCGCAAAGGUAGACUGGAAAAGGAGAAGGUUCGUCACAGCGAUAGGGAGGUGAACCGGAGCGAGAGCCAAGACGAUGAUGGCAGAUGGCUGGAAGUGAAACAGGCGGAAACAACUGUGGGGAGCGAGUUCCACCGAGUUAACAGAAGGAACAAGAAUGGACAAGAGGGCGGAGAGGGAGAUGGGGGGGUAAAGAGGGGAAGGAAAAGGCCACGCGGAGAUUUGAGAAGAGACAAGGAUAUGGGAAGACGUCAAGAGGAACAUCUUUUUCCGCAGGCGGCGAGCAAAAGAGAAAGAGAGACCUACCAAGUGAGUUCAGCUGUCCUGACUCUGUUUUGUUCAGCUGCAGCGAAUACGAAAUGAGGCAGCCGGAAGCGGUAAGACGGCCGAAAUAACAAUAGAGCCGCCGCCACUUGACUGCAGCCGGAUUUUAAUUU